UCCUUAUACAUAUUUGGUCUCGUGUCUCACCUUGUACCGAAUCGGGCCCUCGUCCUCCAACUCCUCCGUCGAAUCGCGCGCACGCGCCUGUUUUGAAAGUGACAGCGCGCUUUUGACAGACCAACCACAAGCACACAUCCAUCGUCGCGAGCCAGUCGCAGUGAGCGAGAAAAUAUUUUCGUCCUCCGAUCGGUUUGCGGUAGUGUUACUACACACACCAAAGAGCACAACGGCGAAUGAAGCAGCACGGCGUUUAUUCCGCGCGUUCAUCCGCAAUACGAUAUACUUCUGAGCGCCAUAAAUGUGAAGAGAAUGGUUACGAUGUUUAAGCGAUCGCUCUCGUGGUUUAUUCUCGGCUGCACGCUGCUGGAGUUCGUAGCGAAGACGCAGCUCACGACGUACGACAGCAGCCACGGCUUCAUAAACAACAAUCAUGACAGGUACCUGGCCAAAGAAAUCUCAUCAAUUCAAGAUGAACUUACUGAUAUCCGAGGGGUCAUGAUUAACAGCAAACUCAAUUCCAAACUACAAAUUAAGUUUAAUCCAGAAGUUUUGGACUUUAAGCAGAGGCACUUGGGGGUGCCUCACUUGGAGAAGGUGAUGUUGUUCAACAUUGAUUCUAACUACAGUGUUGAUAUGACAUCUAUUUCUGGCAGUACUGUUCAUUUUCAUAGUUCCUUUUUUGAAAAUAAGAAAAUUCCCCCAUUGGGCAACACAACCUUUAAUGUGGUGUUCCUUGGCAGGGAGGAAGGUUCUGUAGAAAGUAAUUUAUUUAUUCAUACGACGCAGGGCCACUUUAAGUACCGCGUAAAAGGUGAUAGUGUUUUCAGUCCAUAUCGCCUGCGCCCAAUUGUCAACGUCAAACUCCCUCUCAAUUCUUCAUUUUCCCCCGUCAUUUACUUCCACAAUCCGUUUCAAGAGUCGCUGCAGAUUGUAGAAAUCUAUUGCAGCGGUGGUGACUUCCAUCUGGAGUUGCCCAGUGGAGAAAUGGAAGGUCCCAAGGAUAUGUGGGAGGUAGCACCGUUUGAAACAAAGGCGAUUAUUCGCGUGCGUUUCUUCGGCGAGACCGAACAUAAUCACACCUCUUAUGUACGCAUCAAACUCAACAACUCUGAGGAUUUAGUUGUACCCUUAGAGAUUCAAGUCACUCCAGAUGCUGUACUUUACCCACCUCAAGGGUAUGUUGACUUUGGUAUCGGGGGUUCAAAGGAAGGAUUCAAGACAAAACGGUUGUCGCUGUGCAAUCCGUUUAAGAAAGCUGUGCGCAUUGCGUCGAUUAACAGUGGGUCGAAGAGUGUGACUCUGGAAAUGUUGGAGUCGAUAAUACCGCCAGCGAAAGAUGACAGUGUGCGAUGCGUUGAGGUCGCUAAACUCGUACUCAAUUGGAAAAAAGCGUACGAGAACAAAGACUUCUACGGGAAAAUUGUAGUCAAGUAUAAAAACGCGAAUAGGAAGACGGAGGUACCCUAUUAUGCGACUAUAAUCGACGGUGGGUUUACGUUCAACGCAUCGCAGACGACUUAUUUUAUCCAAAACUACAACAACAAACAAGACCGACCCGAAAAUCGUCGCAUUAGCGUCAAGAACGAUUUUCAAUCACCGGUGAAACUUCUAAAUGUCUCACUUCCAGCGGAUGCCCGACAUUACUUUCAGGUGACCGACUUCAGUCCAAUCGUAAUGCGGCACGCUGAUGAACGUGUCGUGUUCACGCUCAAGUUCAACCCUGGCGUCCAAGCGACGCAUAUGAAGCUUAACACAUUUAUUCAAUUACACACGAACAUCUCGAGUCUGCAUAUUCCCCUAGUCAGUUACGAUGGAAAACUGGACUUGAAGCUGCCGCAUAAAAGCAAGGACAACUCGAUGGACUUGGGCUUGAUUAGCGUCGAGUCGAAAAAAGACUCGUACAUUUUGGUGGUGAAUAAAAAUCCGAUUGCGAUUGAUAUUAAGCAGGUCACCACUUCGAUACCAUCCGGGCAGGUUGAAUUAAUGGGAUGUGGGAAGGGGAAUUAUGAGACCGCAUUGCUGCAGGAGUCUUAUGCGAAUAUGACGAAAUGUGAGCGAUUGCGGAGUAAGGAAUACGCCAUUUUGAAACUGUCUGUUAGGUCGGGGCGGUCGGAAACGCAAAUCUGGGGAGAUAUUUCGAUAAACACCCAAUUUGAACAGUUGUCGAUACCGGUUCACUUUAAGAUUGCCGCUGGAAAGCUCGAGAUUGGACCUGAUCGACUUGUAUUCGAUCAAUGCUUUCCUUAUAAAAUCUGUUCACAUCCGCUUCGGAUACAUUCUUCUUUUGACCACCCCAUGGCCAUCGAGGAAAUCCUUAGCAUACCACCAGAUGAACGCAUCACAUUUGCACGAAAUCACGAAUGCAAACAUUUGGGUCACAUUCCUGGCCGUGCUACGACGGUAGUGGGGACACUGCAACUGGAUCCCAAUCAAAGAUGUGAUCAAGAGUGCUAUCUGGGGAUACAAGACGCCGAAACCAGAGUCUAUUGGCGCAGGUCGAUCGGGCUCCAGCCGACGUCCACCUGCGACUUGGAUCUGAAUCUAGUCAAUAUCUUGUAUCACCGGUAUUUGAACGAGACUGCGCAUGGUGCUGCUCAGUGGCAAAACCUCACCAUGCGUAUGGACACAUCCGAAGUAAAGGGUCAUCUGUUUAAAACCCGCGUUAAAAUGAGCUGGCCUACUCUGAUCGUGAACGAAACGUUUGAGAAUAAAUCAGCGGUUACGUUCCCAUUAACGCAAGUCGGCAACACAACGUACAAAAAUGUAACCAUACGGAAUCCGGCGAGUUUUGAUCUCCUGAUACAAAUUGUGAUGGAUUCAGUUUAUCCACGCUUUGAUAUCUUGUUUGAGGGCUUGCCGCCCGUGUUUGUAUCGCAUAGUCAUGACACGUUUGUCAAAGGGAAGCACGGUUUCUUUUUGGAGACGAAUGAUGUCAACGAGCAAUUUCCCACAGCGUUUAAAAAUUCUUUAACUGUGCAGUUGAAACCCAAUGAAGAGUUUGUGUUCAGGGUUGGAUUCAAAGCAGUUGAUUCCAAUCCGAACCAAGCUUUCUUGAUUGUGAGGAACAAUUUGACCAUUGUGGAAAUGGUCCAGUUGUCCGGCAGAGGUGCGUUGCCACACUUUAAGUUUGGCAAUCGAAAACCGGGCAGUUUGCAGCAACCGCUGCUCUUUGAGUUUGGGGAGAAACAUUUAAAGGACUGUGAUUUGGCUGUCAAAUCAAAGUCCGGGAGUAUCCCGAUUAUAAGCUUAAAGCGGUCGUUUACUGCGAAGAACAACGGCGAGAUUCCCAUCUUUAUAAAUAAUUUUUUUAUCAAUCAAAUGUCCUGUGAGGGAUACGGAUUUAAAAUCCUGAAUUGUGAACCCACAAUUCUAUUGCCCAAUGGAACAAAAAAGAUUGAUAUUGAAUUUACGCCGGAUUAUACCCUUGCAAAAGUCACACGGACUUUGAUAUUGGACACUAGUCUCAACUUUCCGGUGAAUUACACUCUGGUGACCACCGUACCUUCAUAUUAUCUGUCUGUAUGCUCUAGUGCGAUUGAACGCCCCGAGUGGGAAUACAAUAUGUACGUAUUAGCUUCGAGUAUCAUGGUCUUUGCGUUGACCAUCGCGCUGCUGGUAGCUGUGAUGGAUUCGGACAAGAUAUGUCAAGAAGCUGUCAUACUUUUAUCACCACAAAAUAAUGUCCAGCACACGUUGGAUUUGCGAUCAAUUGGCGCGCAAACUCGCCAAGAACUGCAGUCAGUCAAGCCGGAAGCGGAAGUACAGAACAAGCAGGACAAUGUACUUAACUCGGAGGAUAAAAAUUCUCCGGGCGUGAAGCAAGAUGGCGAAAAGUAUACGGCUGUGGUACCUACAACUGGUAAAACUAAGAAGAAAAACCGAAAGUUAUCAGAUCAACAGGAGCGUGAUAAAGAAAAUCACAAAAAACAAUGGAUGGAGGCACAAAAGUUGAAACACGAGGAGCAGAAGCAUGUUCAGGAGGAAGCCAACGCCAAGAAACACCUCAAGAAACAUGUAAAUAAUGUUUCGAAGAAAUUAGAGGUGAAGACUCCAGCGCCACCUAUCGUUCCAGAGGAAGAGACUUCAUCGACAACGACUGAAAGCAGCCAUAGUAAUCAGAGCAAUAGCAACGAAGAGAAAAAGGCGAAGAAGCAGGUGCCGGUCAUCGAAAAAAUCACGCCUUGCGUUCAAGAGAAGGAGAAUGUUUACAGCAAGACACAACAAACACAACGCACUGCGAAAAUUGGUAGAAUUGGUAAGCCUGUCGUCACACCGCCGAUUACUGCAGAGAAGGAAAUCAGCGAGAAGGUAAUCAUCGAAAAAGUCAAACCAAAUCGUCGUGAACGACGCGAUCGUGAAAAGAGUACGACAUCAACGAAGACUCAAAAUGGCGACCGUAUGCACAAGGUUUGUGGGAUGGGACAUCCGGAUAAAGAUAAAGAUCGUAUAAGUCCUAUGCAACUGAGUCAGUCUCAGUCCGGGUCGAAACCAGCGUCACCAGUUCCAAAUUCCAUCUGGAACGAGAACAAGGCGUCGUUUAGCGAUGUCGUUGGAAGAUGUGAAACCCCAUCUACAGCUACGGCAACCGCUUCCCCGGGAAGCGUCACCAAAACCACCAGUCUCACAACUAAACCCACCAUGUAUGUGGAACCAUACAAACAGGCUUUUGUCCCACCUCCUCCUCCUCCCUUGCUUCAGCCCCAAUCACAAAACACUUACACCCAACAGCUUACGCACUCAUUGUCACACACACAUUCGCCCAAGUUGGCUCCGAUUGGUUCGCGCGGCGGCAGGUCCGAUAAUAAUUCAGACUAUUCCCGGUUUUAUCACGCGGCAAUCGAAAGUACCAACUGGUUCUUGGAUGUGGAUCAGCCACAUCAUACACAGCAACCAAAUUUAAACACUAACAAUACUAACAAUCCCUGGUUGUUGAAUGCUAACCAACCUGCGAUCUGGGAGAAUCCAAGCUAUGCAGCUCCUAUCAUGAAUGACGCAAAUUCGGCAACCACGAAUUCAAAUUAUUUGUGGGGAUCAUCAGUCUGGGAGCCGUGGACACCUCCGGUUCAAGAGACGUGGACUCCUUCCACACUUCGGACGCCUCCGGGUUUUGCCCCGCAGAGGUCUCAGGAGGAGGAAGUCAUGAACCAUCGUGUUGAACCGAUAUUAUUACCGUCACAGGUACAACAACAGCAGCAGCAGCAGCCUCAUCAACAACAACUGGAACGUAACGGGAACUUCAACCCGUUUGCCUAUCCCAACAUAUGGACUGGCUCGGUGCAGCAUACUGAUCCAUGGUUACCCCGUGGCCAGUAAAUGCAGUAGAUUGGAAGAUUUUGAUGUUUGAUGUUGAUUUGCUGCACGUCUAUACUUAAUUUCGACUUGUCAUGCAAAUGUGUGUGUGUGUAAGUUGUCGGCGGAGAUGUUUAAACUGUUUAACGUAAUUCUGAAGACUGUUCUGUGGAUCACUUUUACUCCCCAUGGCCCAUUUACUACUCUGGCAUACAUAGGAUGCUUACUUUGUUGAUAACGAUACAACAUUCAGUUAAAUAAAUGUGAAUGCAAUGCAAA